AGUUAUAUCUAAACAUAUCUUGUACACAUACAAAAGUUACAAGAGUUAUAUCUAAACAUAUCUUGUACACACACACGUUACAAGAGUUAUAUCUAAACAUUAUCUUGUACACAUACACACGUUACAAGAGUUAUAUCUAAACAUAGCUUGUACACAUACACACGUUACAGUAGUUAUAUCUAAACAUAGCUUGUACACAUACACACUUACAAGAGUUAUAUCUAAAUUCAACCACAUAUAUACAUUAUAAUCUUAAAGUUGUGUUCAUGUAUAUCCUCAGAAAAUAUAUGUGAUAGAUUAUCAGUCCUGUUUACUCUUACGAUUUUGGCGUACAAUGUACGAUUUUAAGAUACAUACAUUAUGUAUACUGUAUGUUUAUUUUUGACUAUUAAGAUAAUGUACUGAACGAUUUUGUGAUGAUAUUGUACGAUUUUAAGAGUUUAAGGGUAAACAGGUCUGGAUUAUGAUCCAUUCAGACAACAGAUAAAGUCAUACAUUUUCUCUGCAUUGUGUGAAGACGUUGUUGUCCUGAGAAGAAUUCGACAGUAAUCGUUGACUUUAUGAAGCCAGAAUUUGUACCCACAGAAUAUAUAAUGGCAGCAUGCAAACCAACAAAAUAUAUGCUAACAGAAUACCCACAGAAUACAUACCGACUUCAUGUAGGCCUAUACCGACAAAAUGUAUACUAACACUCACUAACAGGAUGUGUACCACAGAAUAUAUACCAACAUCAGGGUAUACCAACAAAAUGUAUACUAACAGAAUGUGUACCCACAGAAUAAGUACCAACAAAAUUUAUACUAACAGAAUGUGUAGCCACAGAACAAGUACCAACAAAAUGUAUACUAACAGAAUUUGUACCCACAGGAUGCAUACCGGGUAAAUGUAUACUAACAGAAUGUGUACCACAGGAUGCAUACCAGCUAAAUGUAUACCAACAGGAUGUGUACCGGCAGAAUGUAUAUACUUACAGAAUGUGAACUAUUGGGAAAGUAUAUGGACAGGAGUAUACUGACAUAAAUAUUAACCAACAAAAUGUAUACCAACAGAUCUCUCGAAAUUUAUUUAUUUAUUAUUCAUUCAUUUUUCGAAAGAUAAAAAAAAAUGUUUGUUUUUUUACAAUAACCCAAGCUGGAAAAAUAACUGACAUACAUUCAUAACAAUAACUUUAUAAUUCAUUUGACUGUGUUAUAGAAACCGGUUUUUGAGCAUGUGACAUUGCUCAGGUUUUUUUUAGCAUUUCAUCGCUGGUGACAUCAUGGCCCUAAAGAAUGUGUAUGUCUGUGUGUGGUGGAUUGGGGGGGGGGUCGUCUCUCAUGUGUGUUCACACAACAGUUUUGGAUAGUCUCCAAUCAAACUGUAUGAACUAUGAACCGAAUCACCACCCCUGGAAGAAGACAAAGAGGGCACA